GUCAUUCGUCUCGUUGCGCCGUUAUCGUAGGUUGUAACUUGUUAGUUGAAGAAACUGUAGGUGUAGAAAUUUUAGAGAACAGUUUAUUGUAGUAAAAAUAGAUCCACAUAUUUUUUACCAUGAAAUCGUUUAUCAACGUUGGUCCCGAUUGCCAUUUUCCUAUCCAGAAUUUACCAUAUGGAAUAUUUUCAACUUCAGAUAACCCACGUCAUAGAAUUGGAGUUGCCAUUGGUGACCAAAUUCUAGACUUGAGCGUUGUGAAACAUCUUUUUGAUGGGCCAUUGAUGCGUGAUAAACAAAAUGUUUUUGAAGCUCCAGUCUUAAAUCCUUUAAUGGCGUUGGGCAAAGUUGCAUGGCAAGAAGUACGUGCUAGAAUUACUGAAUUAUUAUCUUUAAGUUUGCCAACUUUACGAGAUGACCUGGACUUGCGUAAGCAUGCAUUUGUUUCACAAAAUGAUGCCAUUAUGCAUUUACCGGCUGCAAUUGGGGAUUACACUGACUUCUAUUCGUCUAUUAAUCAUGCCACGAAUGUCGGAAUAAUGUUCCGUGGAAAAGAAAAUGCAUUAAUGCCAAAUUGGAAGCAUCUCCCUGUUGGUUAUCAUGGAAGAGCAUCAUCGGUUGUUGUAUCUGGGACACCAAUACGACGACCUAAUGGACAAACACGACCAAAUGAUUUAGAACCCCCAAUAUUUGGUCCAUCCAAGCUACUAGACAUUGAACUGGAAAUGGCAUUUCUGACUGGGCCAUCAACUGAUCUUGGUGUACCCAUUCCAAUAAACCAAGCCCAAGAUUAUAUUUUUGGAAUGGUAUUGAUGAAUGACUGGAGUGCACGAGAUAUUCAGAAGUGGGAGUAUGUACCUUUAGGUCCAUUCUUAGGCAAAAAUUUUGGAACAUCAAUCAGUCCAUGGGUUGUUUCAAUGGAAGCUCUUAAACCAUUUUGUUGUGCCAAUGUCAGUCAAGAUCCUAAGCCUCUUCCUUAUCUGCAGCAUAGUGAUCCAUACAAUUUUGAUAUCAACUUGCAAGUAGCUAUAAAGCCAGAGGACUCAGAAACACAAACUGUUAUUUGUCAGUCUAAAUUUAAGUAUUUGUACUGGACCAUGAAACAGCAGCUAACACACCAUACAAUUACAGGUUGUAACAUAAAUUCUGGAGAUCUUUUGGCUUCAGGAACCAUCAGUGGACCAAGUCCAGACUCAUAUGGAUCCUUACUAGAGCUGACAUGGAGAGGUACCAAAUCUUUAACAUUGGAAAAUGGAAGUACUCGGUAUUUCCUCAAAGAUGGAGAUGAAGUUAUCAUUACUGGUUAUUCUCAGGGAGAUGGUUAUCGUGUGGGAUUUGGAUCAUGCACAGGAAAAAUCCUUCCUGCUCUCCAGUUGAAGUGUCAGAUGAAAGGAUUUUAUUUUUAGAGCCAUGUACAUGAUGAAGAUUCAUCCCCCACUCUUCCAUCCUCAUUCUAGACAGACUAUAUGAUGUACAGCUUGUAAAUAACAAAACACCUUCCUAUGUUAUUAUUAAAAUUAUCAAUAAUAAUAAAAUAGUUAAAAUAUAAGUUAUAUAACUUAGCAUUCUGAUGUAAUCGAUUAGAAAUAUUUAGGUUAUAAUGACUGUCUCAUUUUAAAAUAAAUUUUAUUGCAGCUGUACAUUUAUCAAAGAAAUUUUGAAUAUAGUUGCGAAACUUUAAUUUUAGCCAAGAAGUUUUAUUGUAUAAAAACACUGCUUUUUGUAAAAAAGCUUCAUAGGUAUUUGUUACGUAUAGAUUAUAGAAAAAGUUGACUUACUCAAAAACAUCUAUAAUAUGGAAGUUCGUGUUUUUUUAAAUACAUUACCAUGUAGGUUUUGUUUCACAAAAAUAAAUAUGGCCAAAGUUAAUAAUUUCAAAACCAUAUUUCUAUAACUUAGCAAGGAUUGUGAUGUCAAGUGUAGUUUUAAGAAAUUCCAACAAAAAUAAUAUAUGAUCAAGUUUUAACAAUAUUUAUGUCAAAAAUUGAGGAUAUCAAACUCAGCAAUGCGGUUGAAUCUGUUUGGGUUUCUGUUAGUUUUUAUAAGGAAAGAAGGCUUUUAAUUGAAAUUUGUUACAUGCCGCCAGAUGAAACUGAUGAAAUUAAAACUACAGUGAGAUAAAGAUCUUGGUUGUUAAUGAGAUUAUAAUUAUGGGAGAUUUUAAUUUUUGGCAUAUAGAUUGGGAAUUGCUAGAGUCAAAUCAUGAGGAAGACAGGUUUUACAAACCAGUUAGGAUGGUUUUUUCACCAAGAGAGUUGGUCAAGGGGGAAAUUAGGAAAUUAAAAAAAAAACUAUAUGAAGAAAGAUUAUCUGAAAAUGUAAAAAAAAUAAUAGUAAGGAUUUCUUUCAAUACAUUAAGGGCAAGCAAAAUGUUAAAAUGGGAGUAGGCUCUCUCAAGAAUGAUACAGGAAUGUUAAUAUCUGAUGAUUAUAAGAUGGCUGGGUUAUUGAAUUCUAAUUUUCUUCAAUAUUUUCGAAUGAACAUUUAAGCAAUAUUUUUUUAUCCUGAAUAGUUACUAGAUGGAAACAAGAUUGAACAAGAUGAUCACAUUAAUUCGGAGCUUAAGAAAAAAUUUAAAGAAUGAUAAAGCUCCUGGGCUAAAUGAUAAUUCCGGAGGGUUUUGAAGGAGAGUAAGGAUUGGAUGUGUAAGCUACUAUUUUUUUUCUAAGUCCUUGAUUAGUAGGCAAGUGAUGAGAAGUUGGCUAAUAUUACUCCUUGUUUCAAGGGAAGUUAUAAAAAUUGUCCUAGUAAUUAUAGGCCUAUUAGUCUUACAUGAUUGGUAGUAAAAGUUUUUGAAAGUUUGAUAAAAGAUGCCUUGAAAAGUCAUUUUAAAAAAUGUAGCAUUUUGUUGGAUAGUCAACAUAGUUUCACUAAGGGAAAACCUUGCCUGACUGAUCCUUUUACAUUCUUUGCAGAGGUUAGUGCUUAUGUAGAUGAAAGUGUAGGUGUGGAUUUGGUGUAUCUGGAUUUUCAGAAAGCAUAUGAUAAGGUGCAACAUAAAAGGCUUAUUAAAAGUUAUUUCUAAGUGUGGAGGAUAGGUUAGCUCAUUGAAUAGAAAAACAGGCUGAAUGGAAGAAAGUGGAAAAUUGUUAUAAAUGAAGUUCAGUCAAGCAUGAUUCAUGUCACAAAUGGGGUACCUCAGGUUCAGUGGUAGGAUUUUGCUCUGUUUAAUUUACAUCAGUGAAAUAGAUUAAGGAAUGGUAAAUAAAUGAUUUAAAUUUGCUGAUGACAAUAAAAGUUUUGGGUGUUACUGGCUAUGAGUAGGAUGCUGCUGCUUUAAAAAAGAAUUUGAAUUAUUUGAUGAAUUGGGCAAAUAAAUGGCUUUUAAUUAUAACAAAUGCAAGGUAAUGCAUGUGUGAUAUUGCAGUUUAAAUAAUGACUAUAAUUUUGAUGGGAUUAGCCUUAACAGUGUUGUGGAAGAAGAUGAUUUUGGUGUUCUGGUUGAUCAAUCUCAUAGGCCAUCCGAGCAAUGUACUGUGGUAGUACAAAUAGAAAUUUAGGUUGUAGCUACAGUAAUAUUGAUUACAAGUCUAAAGAGGUCAUAAUGUCAUUAUAUAGAUCAUUUAUUAGACCAUAUUUAGAGUAGUGUGUUCAGUCUUGGGCUUCUUAACUUAGAAAAGACAUUGAAUUAUUGGAAAAAGGUUCAGAGAAUGAUACCAAGGAUAAACAGGUUGUGAUACAAGGAUAGAUAAUGUUCUCUAUAAUUGUUUUCUCUUGGAAAAAAAGAAGAGUUAUGGGAGAUCUGACAGAAUAG